GGGAGCCGCGGCCGCCCCGUCCCCGUCCCCGCCCGCCGGCGCCGGGCUCUGGGCCCGCGGUAGCGCCCCGUGCCGUGCCGCGGCCCGGCCGCGGCUCCCCCGGCCCUUCCGUGCUUCUUCCGCGCCCGGCGUGACGCAGCUCCCGCCCACAAGCGGGUCGGUGGCGCCGGUGCAGCAGCGGAAGCGCCCUCCGCUGCUGCGGGCUCUGGACGCUGCCGCGCCCGGCCCGCCGCGUUUUCUCAAAGUUUUUUAUCAUCUGAAGAGGGACUAUGGACUAUGAAAAUCAAAGAAAAAAGCAAGUCAACCCCUUUUAUUGCAAUAUUUGCAAAAUCUGGUGUUCUUCUGCAUUAAACUUGCAGACUCACUUCCUUGGAGCAAAACACAAGACGAUUGAAGAGGCAUUGAAAGCUCAUGGCAUGCUUGAAACAGAAACUUCCUUAGAGAAGGAAGAGAAAACACCUGCAAAACCUCCUGAUUUUGUGCCACCUGACACAGAGAAGUUUUGUGGACCAGAGAUGCUUAAUGGACAGACAUUGGAAGACAAGCUUAAUACAUGUAAAGAUUCAGAACCUGCACUUGGACUUAAUUAUGUAAUAGAAUACCGAACAGAAGACAAUAUUCCUUUUCUCUAUGAAUGUCAGCUAUGCAACUGUAAAACAGGAUUGAGUAGCAUGUUCAUGCAUGUUUGUGGUUCCAGGCAUAGACUGGAAUACUUGAAACAACAUUAUCCAGAAAUAGCACUAUCUCGUGAAGUUAAGGGUAGAGGCUCUGAGCUGAACAAAAGAGUUAGGCGAGUUGGAUUAACAAUUGAGAAGCAAGAAGGAAGAAAACAAAUACAGGUUGUUAGAGGUGUUCCAACAGUGAGAAGGAAAUUGCCAAAAUUUUUCAGUGAAGAGGACAGCCCUUCCAAAGCUAAAGUUCAGCUUGUGGAUGCACCCUUUAGUGAACAAACAGAUGCAGAACAAACCGAUAAUAAAGAUGAGAAACUGACAGACCCUACCCAAGAUGAAAAUGAUGUUCAGGAGGAGAACGAAGAAAGGCAGAAAGAACAGGCAAAACCAGAUGAAAAGGUUGAACCUAAUAAUGCUGUUGAAAGCAGCGAAGACAACAACUCAGAAAGGUGUGAGACCAAUAAAGAAUUGGAGGAGGAAAACAAGGAAGCUCAGCAAGAAUUUACAGCAAAUCCUGAAGAAUUCAGUAGUCAAGAGGAACUGUUGGAUUAUUUGCAAAGUUUUGAAAUACUGAAUGAAGAUGAUGCUUCAUUUAUCCUGAAAGUUACACAGACUCUCACAAGUGCACUGGUGGAAUAUCGUCAGCAGGCUGCAUCAAACGGAGGCUGCUUAGAUGCUGAAUAUAAUGGAGAAACAGCACUCGAAUAUUCCACAGAACAGCCUGGCCCGACUCCAGCAGAUAUCACUGACUCUGGCACUGACUACUCAAGCAGCCAAUCAGCUAAGCAGUUCUUACCAGCCAAUGAAGCUGAACCCCAGGACUUUUCAACUGGCUCUUGGGAAGUAGCAUUUGAGAACAACAUCACGACUGAAUUUUUGAACAGUGUAAGAAACAUGAAUGCUGAGGAAAUUGCUGCCACCCUGCACAAAAUAGCAGCAUCAAAUCCAGCUUUCAGAGGAAUUGAUAUACCGAAUGUUAUAAGGAUCCUGACUGAAAGUGGAACUCUGAAGGGACCAAGCAAUGGCAGCACACAGUGACAUGGUACUUAAUAAAUAUAGCAAUGUUUACUUUCUGUAACUUUGUUGUUUUACUUCAUUUGACCUCAGUGGAAUUUUUUUGUUACAUUUAAGUUUUGUACAAUUUUUUUUAAAUUAAAUUAAUGACUUGGUUUUGAUAAUGUUAUUUAUUUCUCCAUUUAGCUGAAAGCUCUGUAUUGUGGAAAGGUUGUAAAGCUCAUGUUUCCAUGUUAAAACAGCUUUUUAAAAAAGGUAACUCAUUUUCUUCAGUAUUAUUAAAUACUGUACGUUGACAGUCUGAUGUUUUCUUAUGUUGGUUCUUUUACAAAGAAUUAGCAGCAAAAUGAGCUACUGCACUUAGCAGUAUAAACUCAUCCUACAGCAAAUUCUUGGAGGUCAUUCCCUGUGGCUGCUGGGAUUGACUAAAAAGCCUUUAUAAUCAAAAACUCUUUCCCAUAUAAGGGUUAUGAACAGGUCUCCACAUUUUUUUCUUAAUAAGAUUAAAAAUAAUAAUAAAAAGUCAGCGCUGUCAGUCUCGUGCUGAGAUGAGAAGCGCUUGGAUGAUAGUUGAUUUAGGGAGCAUGGAAGCUUCAGCAAAGUUAGUAGAAGUUAGGUAUGUAGGUAUGUUUUGCAAAUUUAGAGAUGUAUCCCAACAAGUGUAACCAGGCUCUGGCUAAGAGGCACUCUCAUAUGGUGGCAAAAGUAUCUUUUGUCUCUUGUCAUUAUGAGAGUGAAAUGAAAGCUGGCUUACACUGUUCUUCAGGCUCCUUUAACAGGAACCUUUUUCCAACUAAAGUAGUACUGGUUCUGAAUGUACAUGUCUAUAUAUUAAUGACUUCUACUUUUGUAGGAGGGUGAAAAAACGUUUUGAAUGGUUAUAAAUUAGUUUGCUUGGGAAAGAAUAUUUUUCUAAAGUGAAGCUGUGUGAUUAUAAUUCACUUCCUGCUUGUGGUGCUGGGUAGCAUUCAGUGGUUCUAAUUAAAGCUUUUCAGCUUUGCAGCCAAAAACUGGUAUAAUCUAGAUAUGCUGGGGCCAGAUGGCAAAUGAACUUUCUUGUGUUAACUUACAUUUUUUUUGAGAUCUGGAUGGAAUUUGAGAAUCCUACUCCUGAUGGUUUCACAUCUUCGUACCAUGGAAUGCAAGAUGCAGUGAAACUAAGGUAAUAAAGAAAGCAGCAACAGAAAUUGUGAGUUUUAUUAUGUGAGCAGACCCGGGAAGGAAAACAGUUCACAGACAAAUUAAAAUACUGUUUUAAAGAAACUCUGAAGAAUUUCUGGAAUGCAUCUAAUCUGUUCUUAUCAGAGGAAGAGAUGGAACCAGAGUUCUUACAGUUCAUUUACUCUGUUUAGGAACAGUGUUAAUGCCUGCUUAAUGAAGAUGACCUUAAUCAUAAAAAUUCUGAAAAUAAAAAUAGAAAUAUCUUUUUCCUGUUUGUUUUCAAUGUGCAGAACAAUCUUUGUAUUAAAAUAAUAAAAUCAGAAUAGUCAGUUGUUGUAAAUGGCCAUCACUGAGACAGCUUCUUUUUCUUCUUACUGUGGAAUCAUUCCAAGUGGAAAUAAAGUUACAAUAAAGUUGAAAUAA